UGUUAAAACCCAGACUCCUAUCGUCCAACUGAUAAAACCCAACUGGCUAAGCGUCUCUCCAAGCCUCACACUCAGAGCCAGGCUAGCCAUGGCGCUCCUCGCAUUCCCCCUGGUGAUCUCCUUCCUCAAACCCCACACCUCCGGCCUCUCACUCCUCCGCGCCGGCAAGCCCAUUCCUAGCCGUCUCUGCAAGCGGCUCUUCCUCCGCCGCCACUUUACCCGAAUUGGUGUAUCUGCAGUCAGCACCUCGGCAAUUCCACAGAAUUCUUCUUCUACGGACCCCAACAACGAACCCCUAAGAGCGUCCGUUCCGACUUUUCAGCAAGCCAUUCAGCGCCUUCAGGAAUAUUGGGCUUCAGUUGGAUGUUCGGUAAUGCAAUGUAGCAACACAGAGGUUGGAGCUGGGACUAUGAAUCCUCUGACAUUUUUGAGAGUUCUAGGUCCAGAGCCAUGGAAUGUUGCGUAUGUGGAGCCUAGCAUUCGACCAGAUGAUAGUCGUUAUGGUGAAAACCCAAACAGGCUUCAACGACACACUCAAUUUCAGGUUAUAUUAAAGCCUGAUCCUGGAAAUUCGCAAGACCUUUUCAUUCGUAGCUUGUCAGCUUUAGGUAUUGAUGUCAGUGCACAUGAUAUACGCUUUGUGGAGGACAACUGGGAGAGUCCGGUACUUGGUGCUUGGGGUUUGGGCUGGGAAAUAUGGAUGGACGGGAUGGAGAUUACCCAAUUCACCUACUUCCAGCAGGCUGGAAGUCUACAGUUAUCACCAAUCUCUGUUGAAAUCACUUAUGGUCUUGAGCGUAUCCUCAUGUUGCUACAGGGAGUUGAUCAUUUUAAAAAAAUUCAAUAUGCUGAUGGAAUUACGUACGGGGAGCUGUUUUUGGAGAAUGAGAAGGAAAUGAGUGCAUAUUAUCUAGAACAAGCCAGUGUUAAUCAUAUUCAAAAACACUUUGAUUUUUUUGAGGAAGAGGCUCAUUCCUUGCUUGCUUCAGGCCUUGCAAUUCCUGCGUAUGAUCAGCUUCUGAAGACAUCUCAUGCUUUUAACAUCUUAGACUCUAGAGGCUUUGUUGGGGUAACAGAGCGUGCUCGUUAUUUUGGUCGGAUGAGAAGUUUGGCUCGUCAGUGUGCACAACUCUGGUUGAAGACCAGGGAAGCCCUUGGACAUCCACUGGGUAUUGCUUCUGACCCUGUUAAUGUUGUGUGUCCAAAAGAGCUUUUGGACGCUGCUGUCAAAAAGGUGAAUGAUGAUUCAAGAUUGUUUAUUCUUGAAGUCGGGACUGAAGAGAUGCCACCUCAUGAUGUAGUUGAUGCAAGCGAGCAACUCAAAGAAUUAAUAUUGCUGGUGUUAGAGAAACAAAGAUUAAGCCAUGGUGAAGUGCAAGCAUUUGGCACGCCUCGCAGGCUACUGGUUUCUGUUGAGAAUCUUUGCACUAAACAAGCAGAGAAUGAGGCUGAGGUUCGAGGACCUCCUGUUUCAAAAUCAUUUGAUCUCCAAGGAAAUCCUACUAAGGCUGCUGAGGGUUUUUGCCGUAGAUACUCCAUACCUCUGGACUCACUGUAUAGAAAGAUUGAUGGAAAAACAGAGUAUCUAUAUGCUCGCAUAAAGGAAUCUACUCGACUUGCUGUGGAGGUUUUGUCUGAAGAGUUACCUAGUACCAUUGGUAAUGUAUCAUUCCCAAAGUCAAUGCGGUGGAACUCUCAGAUCAUGUUUAGCAGGCCUAUUCGUUGGAUUUUGGCCCUCCACGGUGAUGUUGUUGUGCCAUUUUCGUUUGCUGGAGUUUUGAGUGGAAACCUGUCGUAUGGUCUUCGUAAUACUUCUUCAGCUACUGUCUUGGUAGAAAGUGCUGAAUCUUAUGCAGAGCUAAGGGAUGCUGGAGUAAAUGUUAAAAUUGAGGAGCGCAAGAAAAAAAUUUUGGAGUACUCUAAUGCGUUAGCAAAGAGUGUCAACGGACACAUUGUUUUUCAAGAGGGAUUACUGAAUGAGGUUGUAAAUCUCGUUGAGACACCUGUUCCAGUGCUUGGGAAGUUUCAAGAGUCCUUCUUAGAGCUUCCAAAAGAUCUUUUAACUAUGGUUAUGCAUAAGCACCAAAAGUACUUCGCUGUGACUGAUGACGGUGGGAGGCUGUUGCCAUACUUUAUCGCUGUGGCAAAUGGAGCAAUCAAUGAGAUGGUAGUACGAAAAGGAAAUGAAGCUGUACUUAGAGCUCGGUAUGAAGAUGCAAAGUUUUUUUAUGAGAUGGAUACGCGUAAGAAGUUUUCAGAGUUCCGAAGUCAGUUGAAAGGGAUUCUUUUCCAUGAGAAGCUAGGAACGAUGCUGGACAAGAUGAUGCGCAUUCAAAACAUAGUGACCAAACUGAGUUUAGCCUUGCAAAUUGGGGAAGAUGGGCAUCAAGUAGUCCAGGAUGCUGCAUCUCUUGCUAUGUCAGAUCUUGCUACUGCAGUUGUCACAGAAUUUACUUCUCUCUCAGGAAUAAUGGCCCGCCAUUAUGCUAUUAGAGAUGGCUAUUCAGAGCAGGUCGCGGAGGCCUUGUUUGAGAUCACAAUUCCCAGAUUUUCUGGGGACAUUCUACCUGAAACUGAUGCAGGGAUAGUUUUGGCCAUUGCUGACAGAUUAGAUAGCCUUGUUGGCUUAUUUGCUGCUGGUUGUCAGCCUAGUUCUACCAAUGACCCAUUUGGCCUGCGAAGAAUCUCUUAUGGUCUCGUCCAAGUGUUGGUGGAAAAGGAUAAAAACCUGGAUCUAAAACAAGCAUUGGAGCUUGCUGCUGAUGUCCAACCCAUUGAAGUAGAUGCGAAUAUGGUAGAUGAUGUACAUCAAUUUGUCACUCGGAGAUUAGAGCAAUUCUUGGUUGAUAAGGGAAUAAGCCCAGAGGUAGUUCGUUCUGUCCUAGCAGAGCGUGCAAACUUGCAUUGUCUGGCAGCAAAGUCAGCAUAUCAGAUGGAAGCCUUGCUAAGGAGCGAUCUUUUUCCAAAAGUUGUUGAAGCAUAUUCUCGUCCAACGAGAAUUGUUCGUGGAAAGGACGUGGACCCUGAUAUGGAGGUGGAUGAGGCCGCCUUUGAGACAAAUGAAGAGAGAGCUCUAUGGAGCGCUUUCUUGUCAGUUAAAAACAAAAUCAAUCCUGGCAUUGAGGUAGAUAAUUUUGUUAGAAUAUCUUCACAGCUAGUACAACCACUUGAAGAUUUCUUUAACCAUGUCUUUGUAAUGGUGGAAGACGAAAGAAUUAGAAAAAACAGGCUUGCUCUGCUCAGAAAAAUUGCAGAUCUUCCAAGAGGCAUAGCAGACCUCUCAGUUUUGCCAGGAUUCUAAGUUACAACACCUACAGAUACAUUCU